GACGAUUUGAGGAAGUGAGAUAUCUGUUUCUGUAUUUUAUUAGAGUAAUGUAUUUGGUGCAGGGAAGUGAAGUGGUCAAGAUGCUUAUUACAGAAUCAUACGCAGGUGACUACCGUGCAAGAUCCUAGAUCAGAAAAGAGACUUGUGAUGUCUUCACUCCCCACAGUGCAGAUUCUGCUGGGUUCCAGAUGUUACCUAGUUCCUCGGGACCAGUUGAUCUCGCAAAGUGGCUUCUUCCAAGCUUUGUAUCGAUCAGGUAUGCGUGAAAGUCAUGGGGAAGUGGUUAAACUGCAUGGACUAAGUCCGGAAGGCCUGGAGGGUGUUCUACGCCACAUCACUGGUGGUCCCCUUCAAGAAAGUGACUCUCAAGAUGACUCAGACUGUUGUUUCCAGGAUAUUUCGGGAGAAUCCAUUUGUAAUGAUUAUGUUGAGGCUGAGUGUGAAUCAGAACAAGAUGUAUCAGACUGUAGUUCCAAGACUAUGUCUUUGGGCCCCCUGCAGGCCCUGGUAGAAACUGCCUCUUUCCUGCAGGUCCAAGGUCUCCUGACACUUCUGCAGUCAUCAUUGUCUUUGGAUAACUGUUUGGAAUUGCUGGAAGUUUCUCAGGUGCAUGGUCAAUGGGAUCUGGCAUCUGCGUCUUUGCACUUCAUGGCUACAAACUAUCACUCUAUGUUAAAGAGGCCAGACUUCCAAGAGAGUCCAGAGCUUCUCCAUGAUCAUGUACUGCAAGAGAGGCUGUGCGGAGUCCCGGCACUACUAUUAUUAUGUCAGCCUUUGCAGGGACUUGACACAUGGCAGCUGCUACGUUACCAGGAAGCAGGGGGUGGGUGGCAUUCUUUACCCUGUGAGGUGCCGCAAAGUAUGGUAAAGGUGCAAGGCUAUGGGGCAACUACUCUCCAUAACUAUAUUUUUGUGGCUGGUGGUAGAAGGGAGAAUGGGCAGGAAAUCGGUGCUGUUCACUCAUAUAACCCGAGUACCGGAUGCUGGACCCAAGAGGCCUCCAUGAACCAAAAGAGGUGUAACUUCCGUCUGCUUGCUGUGUGCGGAGCCCUGUAUGCUGUAGGAGGCCAGUCGUUGGCGAAUAUGGAAUGUUACCUACCUACACAAGAUGUUUGGACCCCUGUGGCUCCUUUACCCGAGACACUGAUUGAGUUUUCUGCUUGUGAGAGCCAGGGGAAAAUUUAUGUAGUUGGUGGUUACACUCCACGAGGAAGAAACCUGAGUAUCCUACGAUACAGCCCUUUGGAAGAUGAGUGGUCUGUAUUUGAUGUUUGUAAACAACAUGUGAGGAAGCAACAGAUGGUGUCUUUGGAGGAGACCUUGUUCACAGUAGGAGGGUGUGUGCGAGAUGGACAAUCAGGACAGAGUGAGGACUCUCUGAGUGUGCGUUCUUACAAUACUACAGCUAGAACAUGGAGCUGCCUUAAGGUCAACACCUCUAAAUCUGGACUCAGUGUAAGUUGCACACUCCACAAUGAUGGGAUCUAUAUCUUAAGUCGAGAUGUAAGCCCUAGCACUGUUGGGAGACACCGUAUCUUUCUGAAGUACAACGUAUUCUCAGAAACCUGUGAAUAUGUGCGGAGCCCCCCUUCUGAGGGUAAGAACAUGCAGCUUUUCUCACUAUACCUACCACAUGUACUCUAAAUGGGAACUUCGUUGUGUGAGAAAAGCCUCAGCCAAGUGCUGUAUUCUUCCUUAUCCUUUUUGAUACUUUUGAAGUUCUAAACAUAAGUUGCCAUGUAUUUAUACAAUUCUAUAUUCAUGAGAAGCUCGACCAACCAGAUGUCUUAGUCUUGUCACUUACGAGAAGAAGAAAUGUUUUUACACUAAGAAAAUGAAAAAGAUUUGUACCAAGGACUUGCUGAUUUAUUUAUUAUUAUUUUUUUUAUUGCAAGUGGGGAACAUGUUUAAAGAAUUUAUAUCUCACUAUUCCACGAGGCUCAAGAACAUUUUAUUUUUCCUUGAGGCAUAAUUGUUUACAGGUUUGAUUUAUGUCUCCUGUAUUAAAAUAACUAGAAAUAAAGUCCAUUUCAUUUUGAAUAUA